AUGGGAACAUUGUGCCCAAAAGGUACCACUGUCCACCCGAAUGAUUUCGCUAAAAUGAAAGUGUUGAAGAUCUGGCGACACGGCGAUCGCUCGCCGAACCGAUGGAUCGACAAAUUGUCGUACAAUAAAAAAUACUUUCCAGACGAAAAAGGCUCUUUAACGGAGUUGGGCUAUGCGCAAGCGAUUGAAUUAGGUAAAAGAAUACGUAAACGCUAUUUUGAACAUUCCAAUUUCACAGCCGAACAGGUGUUUAUACGAAGUACAAAUAUGUCACGUACGAUCCGUACAGCCGAAGGCGUAUUGCACUCGUUGGGAAUGCCGAAUGCCAAGAUUACGGUAGAGGCGGACAUGGACAACGAUACGGUGGGUAAUCCGUUAUUCGAGUGUCCAGCAGCGAAUCGAAUGGUUGAGGAGUGGGGCGAUAGGUAUCUGAUGAAGGAACAUUUUAAUUAUACUUAUGGAAGAUUGGAACGUGAGUUAAAUUUCACGGGUUAUACGUAUCCGUUAUUAGAUUUAAUUGAUUGUUUGAACGCGCACGAUCUGAUGGUGCCGGAAUGGGCAAAGAAUAAUACAUUAAUAAGCAUAUUAAGAAGUUUGAGUUGGAUGGGUAUUAAGAUGCAGUACGGUAUUGAGCCGUUCGCUAAUGAGUUGCUGAAGAAAAUUAGAACCAAGGUGUUGGUUAGGGCAGCCACGAUUGAUGAGGAAAAUCGUACGGGAUAA